UAGUUUCUCCAUAUCUUAAUCUGAAGUUUGACGAACUGAGCCGUAACGUUUCCGUAUAUUGAAAUUUGCGAAGAUAUAAAAAUAGAAAUGCAGUGUAAUUAAAUAAAAAUUUAAGGAUAGGUAUUCAAACUGCUAGUGGCUUGAUACGAAUUUAAAGAGGGUAUCUAACAUUAUGGAAAUAAAGAUAGUACACAUAGCUUUGUAUGGGAUAGUAGUUAUAUUGCUGAAGGACUUGACAGUAACAACGGCAGCAGCAGUAUGUCCUGCCGAUACAAAAUAUGAUGAUAAAGAGAAGAAAUGUGUGUGUCCUACAGAUAUGUUUUUUGACCCGAUUGCCAAAUCAUGUACAUACUGUUUCCAUAUUUGCAAUAACGCAGAACUUCAGAGAACCGAAGACGAGUGUAAUACAUUUUGUCCGGAAUAUCACUUACCAGCAAUGGAUAGGCCAGUAGUGGAGAAAGCUGAUGCUACAGAUGUUAUUUGUUCCGGAGGCAUGUAUUUUGAUGAAACGAUAGAACAAUGCAGCUGCAUGAAGGAUGAGUACUAUGACGAGGUGACCCGAAUAUGUAGUGCUUGUUAUGGUAUAUGUUCAAAUGCAGAAAUCCAAAACACGGUGGAUGAUUGCAAUUCAAGGUGCCCGAACUAUCACUUGCCAUCUUCUACAACGGUAUCACCACCACUUACCAUGAGUGAUGGUGUAAGUACAACUACGAUGGUAAUAUAUGUAUGUAUUACUGCAGGGAUAUUUGCUACCUGUGCAUGUAUUGCAUGUAUUGUAUGUUGCUGCCGCAAGCGGCUGGAGCCCAAAGUUCGGCAGUUGUAUUCCACGUUGGGCCAUUUACUGCCUUGUAUAACAAGAGAUGGAAAUGGCGAUGAAGUAGAACAUGAUAGGCAUAAUUAUGUCGUUCAGCUUGCCAUCAGGGACAGACCUUCAGGGAUUUUUGACAACCAGCAACCACAAGAUGAUGCGGAAGCUGGCCCAAUCAUACCGUCAGGCAAUGUAGUUGGAGUCAAUGGUGAGGAAACAGAAGCAAAAGUGGCACUCCUUAAUACUUAAAUCUACAAGAAAUGACAUAAUAUAAUUGUUACACGUUUUCAUGCACAUUAUUCAAUUACAUCACCUGUGGGAAACAAUGACAAAGAUGUAUUGGGAGACGAUGGAUGUCCUGUGUCACAAACGUGUGCUGUCUUGCCAUUUUACCUUAGUGAUAUGUAAGUAAGGCUCAAUAUGUCAUAUUAUAUUAAAAUGUAAUAAAAUGGUGACAACUAGAGCAAUUUAAGCAAGUCAGCAAAAAGUCUUGUCCAUCAAGAAUUAUCAUAUAUUGAUUUAUUUUGAAUUGAAAGAUUUUAUUUUGUAACCACGCUUGACAUUGACAUCAUCUUUCCGAGACAACACUCUCACUGAGAAGAAAAAAAUUGUCGUCACAACAUUUGAGAAGUGACAGACUGAUUAAUUUAAUCGAAAUUCUGCCGUUGUUUCACUGCUUAUGAUUUUUAUAGCGGGAAAUAUUUAUUUGCCUUAACAAAAUGCAAAUUUUUUCAAAAGGUCGAAGGUUUAACUGAGAAGAAGAUAUGUUAUUUUGGUAUAAUUGUUUUGUUUUGUAAUUAUUACAAAUAUUGUGUUAUACAUGUACAUGUUAGUUAUAUUUUUUACAAAAGUACACAGUUAUGAUCGUAUAUUUUUUGCUCAAAUGUUUAAAUGUGAUGUUUAUAAGCAAAGGUAUAAAUAUAUUUUUUUAUAUUUUUCUUUAUUAAAUGUUAAAUGAGAUCUGUUGUUAUUAGAUGUAAUACUUUAGAUAAAAGUUUUAAAUGUGAUAAAGAUUAUGUGAUAUUUUGUUUUAAAACAAUUCAAUAUCUGUUAUAUGAAUAUAUAUAAUAUCUGGUCAUGCAACCUACACUUGCCAACAGCACCCAUGUAUGAUUCUUUGGUGGUUUAUGGUUAUGUGUAAUACGAAAUACUUUUAACUUAAUUAUUCAUUGUAUUACAGACCUUCUUCUACAUGUACCUAUUCAUUUUAAAUUUGAAUACAUGUAUGUAUCUCUUAUUUCUUAGCAAAUUGUUAAAAAAUUAAAAUGAUUUCACAUAUAGCAUACAUUCAAAAGGUUACGCUUACACACUAUAGUAUAACAAUUGAUAUAUCAUAUACUAGUAGAUAAAACUUUAAUUGGCUAAAACCUGUAUGAUAAUUACAGAAAGGUCAAUGAAACAAAUAUUAAUGUGUAACUAUUCUCAAAUAUAAACAACAAACAAUAAUAUUUAAUGAAAGGUGUUUUUAGCUAAUUUUAUCCAUUUAAAAAUAUCUUCUUUUUUUCACUUGUAUUUUUUUUUAGUAUUGAUCAUAUUUGUUGGACCUUUAUUUUUAUCUUUUAUAAUUGAAGUAAAUAUUGUUAAUAUAUUAUGUAAGGCAUUGUUGUUCUUUGAAGGCAUUAACCAUUAAGUGCUAUAGGUAUAUGGACUUUAUACAUAUUAAUGUAACAUUUACUUACUAUAUUAAUUUCUAUUGGGAUUUUUGAAUUAUUAUUGUAAGAAAUUCAUUGGUGCAGAGUGUUCUCUUUUUUCAAUAAGAUUACUUUAGUCUUUAGUCUAUGUUCGCAUAGAAGAACUAUCAUGGACACGGGGGAGGAAGUGUUAUACGAGGGAUGGAGUUCUUAUGAUAAUUAACUUGUUGAGGAGUUCUUGUGAUAACUGUCACGGCGUUCGUCGGAAAACUAUUGUAUAUACUGCAAAACACUCGUCAAAAAUGGUAAUUUGCAUCGAUAAAAAGUGAGUUAAAGGUGCUAAAUUAAACUUUAAUGAUUAAGCUUGCCUUACAUAUUGUAUUAUGUGUCAAAACUUAUUCAUAGUUCAUUUUUCAUCGCCUCUUGCUUAAAAUCUGGUAGUUUUGAGUAAAAUUUUCAAAUUAUUUGCCAAAUUCGCAAGUAUUGACCUGUUUAUUUCAAGACUUCAUCCUUGCCAUACAUAAUUACCUAAUUAUAAUGCAAAAUUGCAAACAUAAAGCCCCGACUAACAAUUUUAUACCAAAUUUCUCAAAUGUCCCGGAGUUCUUGUGAUAUCUAAAAAUAUGUCCUGGAGUUCUUAUGAUAACUUUUGUUACUGCCAAUGUGUUUCUUGCGCUAAAUUACGGCACGUUUUAGCGUUUUUUAUUAUUCAAAGUUGUAAAUACUCAUGAAAUAUAGUACGCUCUUCCUUUGCACAAACAUGAGGAUAUAUGGUUGGUCUUGAUCGAGUGCCUGCAAAGGAUAAACAGGUGAUAGGCUAUCAUCUACAGUAAAGAUUGAAUCAGCAGCAGUAUCAUGGCCUAAACCACAAAACAAAAAUGUCUCAAAACUUACACGUUGUUCUCAACUAUCUUUCUUAAGCAGAUAAUAUAUAGUUGUGCAUCGCUUAUCUAAGGGCUAAGUAAUUUUAAUAUUGUAUACCAUAAUAAAGAAGUACAUGUAUAAAACCGGGAUAAUUUCUUCAAACCUAUGUUUCCAAAAAGUACGACAAUGUGAUGAAAACUCAACUGCGGUUGGCUCUAUAACUACCGAUCUUUCUAACAAAUUUGCAAGUCCCUCCAGAUUAAAACGAAAUAAGUUUGACUAAAAUAUUUUUUGUUAUCCAUUACAGCAAAAUUAACAGAGUUUCCUCCACUAAGAUUACAUAGGGGAAGUACCCAUCAAACAUCGGCAGAAAAAUAUACAUGUAGACACCAUACUUAAGCGCAUUUUAUCAUAAAAGUCAAUGCUCUACACCAAUCUUUUGUCCAGUCUACGAAAUUUGGGUCAGAAAAAAAUACCAUAAAAUGAAACAGGGAUAAGAUAGCUCAGUAAUAUCAUUUUAACUAAAGUACACUCAAAACCAACAUUAUAUAUCCUCAUUUUGUGCAAAAAAUGAGCGUACUACAUUUCAUAAUGAUUUACAACCUUACUGAAUAAUAAAAAACGCUAAACGUGCCGUGAUUUAGCACAAGAAACACAUAGGCAGUAACAAAUAUUAUCAUAAGAACUCCAGGACAUAUUUUGAGGUAUCACAAGAACUUCGGGACAUUUGAAAAUCGGGAAUAAAUUUGUUAGCCGGGACUUUAUGUUUGCAAUUUUGCAUUAUGAUUAGGUAAUUAUGUAUGGCAAGGAUGAAGACUUGAAAUAAACAGGCCAAUACUUGCGAAAUGGCAAAUAAUUUAGAAAUUUUACUCAAAACUACCAGAUUGUAAGCAAGAGGCGAUGAAAAAUUGACUAUGAAUUAGUUUUUUACACAUAAUACAAUAUGUAAAGCAAGCUGAAUCAUUAAAAAAGCACCUUAAACUCACUUUUUAAAGAUGAAAAUUACCAAUUUUGAUGAGUGUUUUUGCAGUAUAUACAAUAGUUUUCCGAUGAACUCCGUGACAUUUAUCACAAGAACUCCUUAACAAGUUAUCAUAAGAACUCCAUCUCUCGUGUAACACUUCCUCCCCCGUGAUGGUAGAAAGUUUAUUUUUUAGAUAAGGGUAUUAUUUUAAUUUACAUGUACAAGGUAUGUGUUCGUAUAACUGUUUUUAUGCAUUAAGUUUAAUUGUGUACAUGGUUGUUUUGUAAUGUUUAUUUACAUUGUAACUGCAUUAAGUGUUUAAUUUACUUCGUAACUGCAUCAAGUGUUUAAUUCAUGUGAAACGUGAUUGUUGGAUGUUAUAUGCAAAACCAUUAUUGACUCUUUUACAUUGCUCCACAACAUUAAAUAAUAUUUGCAAUGCCGUAUUCGUGGUUGUAUUCAUUGGUUGUAUAUAUAUAUUUAUGGACUGAUAUGUAUGUUUUUCACAUCACUUUUAUCACAGGUUAUGUAUAUAUUCAUGUCGUGUUCUUAAAAGUCACAUUAUUCAGUAGCAAUAUUCAAUUAUUGAUUUUCAAUUGUUAUUAUGUUUUCUGUAUGUUUCGAAUGAAUUGUACGAAACAAGAAGUUUAUGUGAUACUAAAAUCAUCUGAAAUAAAAAUAGUAUUAUAAACAAUAUGGUACGAAUUAAAUGUAAUAAUUUAACGUCAAAGAUAGCAUAAUUGAUUUCAAAUUUUGUAAAUUUGAGAACAAAUUAUUAUUUUUAUUAUUAUUAUUAUUAUUAUUAUUAUUAUUAUUAUUAUUAUGUUAAAUGACAUGAUUCAGUCAUGGUAUUUUGUUCUUUUUAAAUUAUAGAAAAUUUUAAAGAUUAGACAUUUUUAUCUUAAAAACAUAUACCGAUAUUUAGAUUAAAGUUGUACAUUAUUCAAUAAUCUUGCCUUUAGGACAAUGUAACCAAUAAAGUUUGUACUUCAUAUUACAUGAAUGACAAACUUUAAACUCAUAAUGUUAAAACUGCAGUAAAGGAAGUCAUAAAAUUUUGCUAUAAAAUGACUGCUGAUUGUCUACAUAAGUGCAAAGCAAUAUUAUUUGAUCAAACUGUCUUCGAUAUUUUUAAUUGUUAAACCACGAAAUAUGUGUUUUUAGUCCAUAUUAAAGUUUAAUUUUGUUAUAUUUAUAGGAAAAUUAUAUCAAAUAAAUUUGCUUGAAUAAAUUA